UAGGCCGCAGUCGGGCGGGCGGGCGCAGUCCGGAGCCGGCCUGGGAGGCGCGGGGGGCCUCCGCGGUCGGUCUGUGCGUCCGAGCGUCCGUGCACGCCGAGGCCAUGGCCGUGCGCCCCGCGCGCCCCUGCCUGCUGGCGCUCCUGCUGUGCGGCGUGUGGGGGCCGCUGGCCGCCGUGGCUCAGAGGCCGGGCGCGGGGUGCCCGAGCCGCUGCCUGUGCUUCCGCAGCACCGUGCGCUGCAUGCAUCUGCUGCUGGAGGCCGUGCCCGCGGUAGCGCCGCAGACCUCCAUCCUGGACCUUCGCUUUAACCGAAUCCGAGAGAUCCAGCCCGGAGCCUUCAGGAGGCUGAGGAGCCUGAACACCUUGCUCCUCAACAACAACCAGAUCAAGAGCAUCCCGGGCGGGGCCUUCGAGGACCUGGAGAACCUGAAGUACCUCUAUCUGUACAAGAAUGAGAUCCAGGCGAUUGACAGGCACGCCUUUCAGGGACUUUCCUCCCUAGAACAACUAUACCUGCACUUCAACCAGAUAGAAACCCUGGACCCCGAGUCCUUUCAGCACCUGCCCAAGCUGGAAAGGCUGUUUUUACACAACAACCGAAUCGCACACUUGGUCCCGGGGACGUUUAACCACUUGGAAUCCAUGAAAAGACUGCGGCUGGACUCCAACGCGCUUCACUGCGACUGCGAGAUCCUGUGGCUGGCGGACCUGCUGAAGGCCUACGCCAGGUCGGGGAACGCGCAGGCAGCGGCCACCUGCGAGUACCCCAGGCGCAUCCAGGGCCGGUCGGUGGCCACCAUCACCCCGGAAGAGCUGGACUGUGAAAGGCCCCGGAUCACGUCGGAGCCCCAGGACGCCGACGUCACGUUGGGGAACACGGUGUUCUUCACCUGCAGAGCCGAGGGCAACCCCAAGCCCGAGAUCAUCUGGCUGCGGAACAACAACGAGCUGAGCAUGAAGGCGGACUCGCGCCUGAACCUGCUGGACGACGGCACGCUGAUGAUCCAGAACACGCGGGAGACGGACCAGGGCGUGUACCAGUGCAUGGCCAAGAACGCGGCGGGCGAGGCCAAGACGCAGGAGGUGACCCUCAGGUACUUUGGGUCUCCAGCUCGACCCGCUUUUGUAAUCCAGCCGCAGAACACGGAGGUGCUGGUGGGCGAGAGCGUCACGCUGGAGUGCAGCGCCACGGGCCACCCGCUGCCCAGGAUCGCCUGGACCCGCGGGGACCGCUCGCCCCUGCCCACGGACCCCCGCGUGAGCAUCACGCCCUCGGGCGGCCUCUACAUCCAGAACGUGGCGCAGGAGGACAGCGGGGAGUACACCUGCUUCGCGUCCAACAGCCUGGACAGCAUCCACGCCACGGCCUUCAUCAUCGUCCAGGCCCUCCCUCAGUUCACCGUGACCCCGCAGGACAGAGCUGUGAUCGAGGGUCAGACCGUUGAUUUCCAGUGCGAGGCCAAGGGGUACCCACAGCCAGUCAUCGCCUGGACGAAAGGAGGGAGCCAGCUCUCGGUGGACAGGCGGCACCUGGUGCUGUCCUCAGGGACGCUCCGCAUCUCGGCCGUCGCCCUCCACGACCAGGGCCAGUACGAGUGCCAGGCCGUCAACAUCAUCGGCUCCCAGAGGGUCGUGGCCCAGCUGACCGUGCAGCCCCGGGUCACCCCGGUGUUCAGCAGCGUUCCCAGCGACCAGACGGCGGAGGUGGGCUCCGACGUGCAGCUGCCAUGCAGCUCACAGGGCGAGCCCGAGCCCACCAUCACCUGGAACAAGGAUGGGGUCCAGGUGACGGAAAGUGGGAAGUUUCACAUCAGCCCGGAGGGGUUCCUGACCAUCCACGACGUGGGCACCGCGGACGCCGGCCGCUAUGAGUGUGUGGCACGCAACACCAUCGGGCAGGCCUCGGUCAGCAUGGUGCUCAGCGUGAGCGUGCCUGACGUCAGCCGAAACGGGGACCCAUUUGUGGCCACAUCCAUCGUGGAGGCGAUCGCAACGGUCGACAGGGCCAUAAACUCCACGCGGACACACCUGUUUGACAGCCGUCCACGCUCCCCCAACGACCUGCUGGCCCUGUUCCGCUACCCGAGGGACCCCUACACCGUGGAGCAGGCGCGCGCCGGCGAGAUAUUUGAGCGGACGCUGCAGCUGAUCCAGGAGCACGUGCAGGGCGGCCUCAUGGUCGACCUCAACGGAACCAGCUACCACUACAACGACCUGGUCUCCCCGCAGUACCUGAGCCUCAUCGCCAACCUGUCGGGCUGCACGGCGCACCGGCGCGUGAACAACUGCUCGGACAUGUGCUUCCACCAGAAGUACCGCACGCACGACGGCACCUGCAACAACCUGCAGCACCCGAUGUGGGGCGCCUCGCUGACGGCCUUCGAGCGCCUGCUCAAGUCCGUGUACGAGAACGGCUUCAACACGCCGCGCGGCGUGACGCCGGGCCGGCUGUACCACGGGCACGCGCUGCCCAUGCCGCGCCUGGUGUCCACCACGCUGAUCGGCACGGAGGCCGUCACGCCGGACGCGCAGUUCACGCACAUGCUCAUGCAGUGGGGCCAGUUCCUGGACCACGACCUGGACUCCACGGUGGUGGCGCUGAGCCAGGCGCGCUUCUCGGACGGGCAGCACUGCAGCUCCGCCUGCAGCAACGACCCGCCCUGCUUCUCGCUCGCCAUCCCGCCCAACGACCCGCGCGUGCGCAACGGCGCGCGCUGCAUGUUCUUCGUGCGCUCCAGCCCCGUGUGCGGCAGCGGCAUGACCUCGCUGCUCAUGAACUCCGUGUACCCGCGCGAGCAGAUCAACCAGCUCACCUCCUACAUCGACGCCUCCAACGUCUACGGGAGCUCGGAGCACGAGGCGCGCGCCGUGCGCGACCUGGCCAGCCAGCGCGGGCUGCUGCGCCAGGGCAUCGUGCAGCGCUCGGGGAAGCCGCUGCUGCCCUUCGCCGCGGGGCCGCCCACCGAGUGCAUGCGGGACGAGAGCGAGAGCCCCAUCCCCUGCUUCCUGGCCGGCGACCACCGCGCCAACGAGCAGCUGGGCCUCACCAGCAUGCACACGCUCUGGUUCCGCGAGCACAACCGCGUGGCGGCCGAGCUGCUGGCGCUGAACCCGCACUGGGACGGCGACACGCUGUACCACGAGGCCCGCAAGAUCGUGGGCGCGCAGAUGCAGCACAUCACCUACCGGCACUGGCUGCCCAAGGUGCUGGGCGAGGUGGGCAUGAAGAUGCUGGGCGAGUACCGCGGCUACGACCCCGGCGUCAACGCGGGCAUCUUCAACGCCUUCGCCACGGCCGCCUUCCGCUUCGGCCACACGCUCAUCCACCCGCUGCUCUACCGGCUGGACGAGGCCUUCCAGCCCGUGGCGCAGGGCCACGUGCCGCUGCACAAGGCCUUCUUCUCGCCCUUCCGCAUCGUCAACGAGGGCGGCAUCGACCCGCUGCUGCGCGGCCUGUUCGGCGUGGCGGGCAAGAUGCGGGUGCCCUCGCAGCUGCUGAACACGGAGCUCACCGAGCGCCUCUUCUCCAUGGCGCACACGGUGGCGCUGGACCUGGCGGCCAUCAACAUCCAGCGCGGCCGCGACCACGGCAUCCCGCCCUACCACGACUUCCGCGUCUACUGCAACCUGUCGGCCGCGCACGACUUCGAGGACCUCAGGAACGAGAUCCAGGACCCCGAGGUCCGGGAGAAGCUGCGCCGGUUAUACGGGUCCCCCCUCAACAUCGACCUGUUCCCCGCCCUCAUGGUGGAGGACCUGGUGCCCGGCAGCCGCCUGGGGCCCACGCUCAUGUGCCUGCUCAGCACGCAGUUCCAGCGCCUGCGGGACGGGGACAGGCUGUGGUACGAGAACCCGGGGGUGUUCUCGCCGGCCCAGCUGACGCAGAUCAAGCAGACGUCGCUGGCCCGCAUCCUGUGCGACAACUCGGACAACAUCACGCGUGUGCAGAGGGACGUGUUCCGGGUGGCGGAGUUCCCCCACGGCUACAGCAGCUGCGAGGACAUCCCCCGGGUGGACCUGCGGGUCUGGCAGGACUGCUGCGAAGACUGCAGGACCCGCGGGCAGUUCGGCGCCUUCUCCUACCAUUUCCGAGGCCGGCGGUCCCUUGACUUCAGUUACCGGGAGGGCGAGCCCCCCACGGAAGCCGGGAAGACUCUGAGCGUCGGGAAGCCCGGCCAGCGCCCCAGGAACGCCACGGCUGCCUCCGCUGAGCACCCCCAGGCCCUGGGGCCCAGCGACUUCCGGGACUUGGUGCUGGGGAUGCAGCAGACCAUCACGGACCUCCGGACACAGAUAAAGAAACUUGAGUCUCGGCUCAGCACGGCCGAGUGCACCGGUGUGGAUGGCGAGCCCCACGCGGAUGGCGCUCGGUGGAAGCGAGACGUGUGCACCGUCUGUGAAUGCCGCGACGGGCAGAUCACCUGCUUCGUGGAGGCCUGCCAGCCCGCCGACUGCCCGGCCCCCGUGAGAGUCGAUGGCGCCUGCUGUCCGGUCUGCCUGAGGGAGCCCGCGGGAACGCAGCCGUAGAUCCCCCGCUCCUCGCCGGUCCGCAGGCGUCCCCCCAGGUCACCGGCCGGUGCAGGGAGCGCAGACUGGCGGGCGCCGAGGACUGCACGGCUCACGGCCGGACCGGGGCGUCCGGGAAGCCGCACGGGCUCAGACUGGAGCGUCCACGGAGCCGAGGCCACGCAGUGGACAGACACGAGUCCUAACUUCAUGUUAGAUUCUCAGGUUUUUAUUUAAUUUUUUUAAUGAAAAAGUGGUGCUACUAUUAAACCGCACAGUUAAGUCAUUUAGGCUCCCAGAGUGCUGUCCCCCAUCCCACCGCUUCCCUGGACCCUGGACGGAGAGCCACUCCGCUCGGCGGUCCGGAGCCCGCGGACCCGCCGCCAGAGGCACGCACGUGUGAAGAGAACGUCGGCGUUUGGCAGACGGAACAGGCUCCUGGCGCGGAGCCCCGACCCCUUCCCGGCCUCUGCCACGGUCCACGCGCACCAGCAGCUCCUCACGGCAGAUCCCCGCUCCCCACGCACUCCUGUCCCCGUGACUGAGGCUGCCGGCCGCUGAGAAACAGGCCUGUUUUCCCGGUAACCCUGCCGCCCCGUGGUGGGCCGGGAGUGAAACGCCCUUCACGGUGGCCACGCCGGGCUCGCGCUCCCCGGAGCCGCCGCCCGGCGGGACGGCCCUCCUCCCUGACCCAGCGAUGAGUGCCUUAGAGACAACGCCCGUACCUCGUCCAUGUGCAAGCGCAGGCGUGUGUGAACGCCGACCGAGCGUCUAGCGCUCGAUGCGGCAGAGAAGCCGCUGCCCCGCAGGCCUUUGGGGUUCAGUGAAAAGCACCUCGUACCUCAUGGCCGCGCUCGCCUGGACCCACCAAAACCUCCCAUUCUGUCUGAACGCAGAGAUCCGUGUCCUGAGACGCGUGUCCCUGAACACGCAGGUUCCGGGCGCUGAGUGGGAUCCGGAGGGGCCCGCCCGCCCGCCCGCCCUCCCCGCAGGGACACGGCGCCCGCCCUGGGCGUCGAGGUGCGGCGUGGGGGCGUCUCGCAGCAUCCCGCAGGCAGCGAGCAGCUCAGAGCCGGCUCCGGUCCAGGGUGGGCGGCAGGCUGCCCCGUCCCCGGGGUGGUGUGCGAAUAUCGCCGCCGGAGCGUAAAGCUUAAACGCGGCCCGCUUGACCUCGGCCCCGGGUCGCGGCGUGGCAGGGAGCAGCUGGCGCCGUAGCUCAGGACAUGGGCUUCCGCUGAAAUGCCAAGUCCGGUUGAGUCAGGACCUCGGACCCGUGUCCGGAACUAGAAGGUGGAGGCGGUGGUUCUGUGAGGUGCUCGGUGUCAGGCGGCGGCAGACCAUCCGUGAGGGUGUCGGCGCCUCAGGGUUACCUGUGGCUUCGGGCAGAGGUGACGGGCACGGCGUCGGGGGAGGCCAGCCCCCAGGGAAGUCUGCGGCUGCAGGUGGCGUGUCUGCGGGACCGAGGGGGAGUCUCAGCGCGUGGGGCGCCGUGGACAGGGCGGACGCGCCGCGGGGCGCCGUGGGGGGAAGCCAAGUGUACAUGUUUAUUUUCCUGCCUGACUGGCAGCAGCCAGAUGCCAUAUCUGUCCCUGUAACCAGUUCAUUACCAAAGAAACGUUUGCACUAUGUAACGACGCCUUUCGUUCGAAUAAACGGCCACGUG